ACUUUAUUCCCGUUUGUCCGUCCAGUCAUCUCGGUGUCCGUUAGGGGGAGUGUAGGGCUUCCAGCACAGUACGGAACUGAUUCAACGCAUUCUCCAGAUCCUGGACGGGCAGGGCGGCUGGCCCAGGCAAGAAGAGCUACUCCCAGAUAGCUUUUUGCCUUCAGAUGAGAUUUAAAGCUUCAUUGUGUAUUUAGCUGGUUUGACGCCUUUUCUCAGUUGGUCAUCCAAGAUUACAGGUGGGGGAAAAUGACAGAUCCUGUUGUAGCAGAUACCCGCCGGUUGAAUUCCAAGCCUCAGGACCUGACGGAUGCUUACGGCCCCCCGAGCAAUUUUCUGGAAAUAGACGUUUACGAUCCACAGAUCGUUGGAGUUGGACGGAAUCGUUACACAACUUAUGAAGUUCGCAUGAGGACGAACCUUCCUAUUUUCAAAAUGAAGGAUUCCUGCGUGAGGAGAAGAUACAGCGACUUUGAAUGGUUAAAGAACGAGCUGGAAAGAGACAGUAAGAUUGUAGUACCGCCUUUGCCAGGGAAAGCCCUGAAGAGACAGUUGCCAUUCCGUGGAGACGAGGGCCUUUUCGAGGAGUCCUUCAUUGAGGAGCGACGAUCGGGUCUGGAGCAGUUCAUCAACAGAAUUGCAGGUCACCCUUUGGCCCAGAACGAGCGCUGUCUUCACAUGUUUCUGCAGGAGGAAACCAUUGACCGUAACUACAUUCCUGGAAAAGUACGACACUAGGUUUACUAAGGGAGAUGUUGGGGUGAAUGAGUGGGAUUGGGGGGGGAACCAGCAAUGGACUGCCUUUUAUUCUCUCUCAAGACUUCUCUUCCUCUUUCUGCUUUAUUUGCCUCUUUUCCUCACUCUGCAUCAUUGCAGUCUUUGCAUUAAUGUUCAUCUGCUACAUGUAAGGGUAUGUUAAUGUCUGACAACACGGCGAUUCAGUUCCCCUCUUGUGCAUUAGUUUAAUAACUGUGCAAUAGGAAACGCAUCCACAGUAAUUGUCUAAACGUUUUGUGAAAAUUAGUCAUUUUAAUUGCAAUUCUCAGAAAUGAAGUGACUGCUGUUGUACUGUUGAGACAUUACCCGAUAAGUGAAUUAAAGAAUGCAAUAUAAUGAGAAUAAAGUAGAAUAAUAUCUAAAUGUGUAUGCUGGCACUAAUGCUUGCCUUAAGGGUACGUGCAGACUGUCAAUGCAAAUUCUGAUCCUGUUUUUCUUCUCUUGUUAUUUUUUUAGGUAUGAACGAAACAACAGAGACGGCUGCAUCUACAUUUAUUUCUACAUCACAUAACUGCAAGGCUGCGGGGAACGUCAGAAGAGAAAAUUAUCUACAGCGUAUAGAAGCAAGAUGACUAUACAACUGAAAUCAAGUGUAUAAAUAGGUUUGUGUUGUCAGUCAUACCACAUGUAUGUACAUUAUUUUGUCAUCAGUUAAGAAAGCAAUGCUAAAUAUAUAUUUUAGUCAUUCCAUUAUGAUUUUUUUAAACAAUGAAUAUUAUUCCUUCUGUAUAUUUUUUGAUUUGAUCAGUUUAGAAAAAGUGUAGUUAUCUGCUUUCUUUGGUUUGGUUUUGUUAGCAAAAUUGUGAUUAUUUUCUUGUUGGUUUCCCAAAGUUAAGCAACAUGUAGCGCCCUGAAAAAGACAGCAACACGUCAUUCCAGUCGGUCUGUUUCCCCUAGACUUUUUGGCUUGUUUUUUCUUCAGUACUGCAUCAUUGUUUUUGUUGUUUUUGACCGAACAGUCAGUUCAGCUAGUGGGAAUGUUAGAUAAAUACCGUAUCUCAGCACUGUGACGGAGCAGCUCAUUACAACAGUAUCUUGUUUUAUCUCGUAUUUAGCAUCUGUUUUGUUGGGGAUAUAACAUGAGUGCUUAAUAUGUGCUUUUUUUGGCCAUUUAAUUCUUUACGGAUAUUGUAAAAUGUAAUUAUACUUGCUGUCAUUACUGUCCCACUUUGGAUGGCAAGGAACCUCCUUGAUAAUCCAGCCCAUGAAUAAAUUUCCUGCUGCCUGC